AUGGCCGACGAAACGACGACGGAAUUACCGGAGGAAAAUCUUUCGGUUGAAAAAAUCGCAGAAUUCCGCGAAGCUUUCAACCUUUUCGACAAAGAUGGCGACGGUAACAUAACGACCAAAGAAUUGGGUACUUGCAUGAGGUCUCUCGGGCAGAAUCCGACGGAAGCGGAAAUCGCGGAGCUGAUUUGCGAAGUAGACGUAGAGGGAACAGGUUUAAUCGAUUUCACAUCGUUCGUUUUGAUAAUGGCUAAAAAGAUAAAAGACGUCGACAACGAGGAAGAACUCAGAGAAGCUUUUAGAAUAUUCGAUAAGGAAGGUAACGGAUUCAUAACCGCAUCCGAGCUCAGGCACAUAAUGAUGAACUUGGGUGAAAAAUUAACGGAAGAAGAAUGCGACGAAAUGAUUAGGGAAGCGGAUGUCAUGGGUGACGGAAAUAUCAAUUACGAAGAAUUCGUCACCAUGAUGAUGUCAAAGUGA